GGAUAUUCUGAACUUCUUCAACGAUUCUAACGUUUUGUUCUCUGCGAUUCGUUUUCUUUGAACAAAUUUGCUCUCUCCUUCUUCUUCUUCUUCUUCUCCAUUUUUCUAUUACGGAAGUAAUUACUUUCUUAAUAUGUGUGGAAUUCUUGCUGUGCUUGGUUGCACCGAUGAUUCUCAGGCCAAACGUGUUCGCGUUCUCGAACUCUCUCGUCGAUUGAAACACCGAGGCCCAGACUGGAGUGGGCUUUACCAGAAUGCUGAUUGUUAUUUAGCCCAUCAACGCUUAGCCAUUAUCGAUCCUGCUUCUGGUGAUCAACCUCUGUACAAUGAAGACAAGUCCAUUGUCGUCACGGUUAAUGGAGAGAUAUACAACCACGAGGAACUGAGGAAGAAGUUGGGGAACCAUAAAUUUCGAACUGGCAGUGACUGUGAAGUUAUCGCACAUUUGUAUGAAGAGUAUGGAGAGAAUUUUGUGGACAUGCUUGAUGGGAUGUUCUCUUUUGUGCUAUUGGACACGCGUGACAAUAGCUUCAUUGUUGCUCGAGAUGCAAUUGGAAUUACUUCCCUUUACAUUGGCUGGGGACUUGAUGGCUCAGUUUGGAUAUCUUCGGAACUCAAAGGUCUGAAUGAUGAUUGUGAACAUUUUGAGACCUUUCCACCGGGUAACUUGUACUCUAGCAAGGAAGGUGGAUUCAAAAGAUGGUACAAUCCAACCUGGUUCUCUGAGGCUAUUCCAUCGACUCCAUAUGAUCCACUUGUUCUAAGACGCGCAUUGGAAAGUGCUGUGAUCAAAAGGCUAAUGACCGAUGUCCCUUUCGGAGUUCUGCUAUCUGGUGGCCUAGACUCAUCACUGGUUGCCUCUAUCACAGCUCGUCACUUAGCUGGCACAAGAGCUGCCAAGCAUUGGGGAACACAACUCCAUUCCUUCUGUGUUGGUCUUGAGGGGUCACCGGAUCUGAAGGCUGCAAAAGAAGUUGCAGAUUAUUUGGGAACUGUCCACCACGAGUUCCAUUUCACAGUUCAGGAUGGGAUUGAUGCCAUUGAAGAUGUUAUUUACCAUAUAGAAACAUAUGAUGUGACCACAAUCAGGGCAAGCACGCCUAUGUUUCUUAUGGCACGGAAGAUCAAGUCACUAGGAGUAAAGAUGGUGAUUUCUGGUGAAGGCGCUGAUGAGAUUUUUGGCGGAUAUCUGUACUUCCACAAGGCUCCUAAUAAGGAGGAGUUUCACCGUGAAAGUUGUCACAAGUUAAAGGCACUUCACAUGUAUGAUUGCUUAAGAGCAAACAAAGCAACUUCAGCGUGGGGCUUGGAAGUUCGAGUUCCAUUUUUAGACAAGGAAUUUAUUAAUGUUGCAAUGGCCAUUGAUCCAGAAUCGAAAAUGAUCAAACCUGAGCAAGGUCGAAUAGAAAAAUGGGUUCUCAGGAGAGCUUUCGAUGAUGAGAAACAGCCUUAUCUCCCUAAGAAUGUUCUGUACAGGCAGAAGGAACAAUUCAGUGAUGGCGUUGGAUAUAGUUGGAUCGAUGGCCUUAAAGCCCAUGCUGCUCAACAUGUGACUGAUAAAAUGAUGCUGAAUGCUGAGCACAUCUUCCCCCAAAAUACUCCAUCAUCAAAAGAGGCCUACUACUACAGAACCAUAUUUGAGAGGUUCUUCCCACAGAACUCAGCUCGGCUUAGCGUCCCAGGAGGGCCGAGCAUCGCUUGCAGCACAGCGAAGGCUGUGGAGUGGGAUGCUGCCUGGUCUAACAAUCUUGACCCUUCAGGUAGAGCUGCACUUGGAGUUCAUGUUUCGGCCUACGGAGACGAGGUAACCAAAGUCCCGAACGGCGUCGUACCGCCCAAGAUAAUCGAUACCGUUCCCCGAAUCGAAGUUGCUGCUCCAGGAGUGACAAUCCUUAGCUAGUAUAGUAGUGCUAAAAUCACGUCGUGGAAAUUACAUGCCUUGAAUGUAUAAAUAACACGGGUAUUAUAUUAUUGCUUAUGUAGGGUGAGGCCUUGAGCAAGGGUUAUUAUUAUGAGACCUUCCAAGUUCUUCUAGUCAUCAAAACUUUUUCCCUUUAAGCAUUUAUGAAUGUACAUUUAAAUUAUAUGAUAUGAUUCUGAAAAUUGCAAGUAGAAUCAAGCAGGUCAAAGUUUCCA